UAAAGCUUUUGCGGUCACAUCCAUGGACUUGUGCUUUUGCUAGUAACCACUUCCUCUUAAAUCUACUGUUCAUUAACUUGCAUUUAAACGAGAUUUGAGAGAUAAUAUAACGAUAUAAAGUAUUAUGUGAGGCUGUAAUAAGGAAACAAGGCGGGGCGUCGGUACCUCAUUCACGCCGGGCUCCACCAUGCGUCUGUUGAUCACCUCCACCUCCAUCGGCAGCCCUGUAGAGAUUUUUGUCCCUAAAGGAGAGACCCUUGAGGGCCUUAGGACGCGUCUCUCUCGUCAACUUCAUGUGCAAACUGGCAGAAUCGUCCUCCUGCAUAAAGACAAGCAGCUGACUGCAGGGAAACUAUUAGAGCAAGGUGUAGCAGAUGGCAGUAGACUAACCCUACAGGUACCUGCAGUAGUUGAGGCUGAUUUAUUUUGUUCAAGUGCCAGAGCUGAAAGUGUGGUGGAGGUUUUGGAGAGUUUAACAGAAUGCCAGAUAAGUGACUUCUGGUCCGGCCUUUUACCUCAGACCCUUAAACUAGCAAUGGGUGCCCACAUGAUGUAUGUGCAGCUCCAGCUGUCCGUUCAGCAUGUGGCUAAACUGCAGCUAGACAAUGCCUUAAAAGCUUCAAACAGAUCUUCAACAAGUACCACUCGUCCAGCUACAUAUUCCAUGCAAUUUGACCCCCAUGUGCGCCCGACUGUCCCUGCCGUGACCUGCCAUCGGCGACCAUUUUCUCAUCAUUCUUGUCCACACGUCAUUUUAUCAACGCCUUCCACAUGUCCACUACCAGCGAGCACACCGGUUUGUUUAACUAAUGACUCCAGUGCCGCACCUCAGAGUCCUUUACCAGCCUCCACCUUCAAAGCGACCGCUCACUCCGCCACUGUUGGGCCCAUCAAGCAAGCAGGCACAGUAAUAGAAAGCUUUGUUAGUCACGCUCAAGGAGUUUUCUCCGGAACUUUCUCCGGCACACUGGCACCAUGCAGUCGGAGCGGCUAGAGCCAUCCUCGACGAGGCAUUGCCAUUAUUCUGCAAAUUCUUGACGACCUCCUCAGAGCUGCUACACACUACCAAGUGGCCCAGGUGAAUCCCUUUUGUCCUGCUUCUGACCCCCUGGUGCACGACCACAAAGAGCUGGCCGAACGCCUCUGUGAAGCUUCUGAUGAGGAGGCUCACAGGUUCCUAACAACUUCGGAAGAGAAUCAGACAAUGCACUGCAAGCUGAAGCGCUUGCAGUUUUUAAUGGACCAGCGACGACAUCGCAAACAAACUUUGAGGAGCUCACAGUUGUCACAAACUUCACACCCAUAUCAGCAUCGCCAUCCUCCUGAAUGUUCUAAAAGGCAGCCACGUCUCACUAAAAGCUAAUUGUGUGCACGAACUGUUUAUUUUUAGAUAAAAUAACUGACCGAGUACAAUUUGGGGUCAUUUCAUUCAUUGAUAACAAUGUGUUUCCCUCACUUAAAAAGUGCUCACCUUGUUCAGGUAGCUCACUUUCUCUGUUAGGUACACCAUCUUCCUGCAGGGGGCACUAAAGGAGCCUUCAACAAACCUAACAAAACAUAAACAUGUAUUGUUCAUCGAUAGUCCAGUAGAGUGCAAAAUUUAAAGUAAAAUGCAAAAUAAUAAAACGUGCACAUAUUUUCCAUAUUUGAGUCAAACACAUUCAAAGAAGGUACACCACUUUUUUAAAGUAAUUACUACAACUAACGAAAUUUUGUUUUCCCUCAAAGAUCUCACUUGUCUUUGUUUAGAUGGCCCUUUUUAACUUAAAUCGCAUGUGAUUGUUGAAUUCCAGCAUUUAUUCACGAGUGCAAACGGCCAUUUUAAGUAGAACGUGACAAAGGCGGAGCUAUAUUCCAGGGACUGCCGCGGCCUGCGUGGUCACGUGAACACGAUGACGCAUAAUACUACGCGCAGAUUAAUGAAAACACAAUAAAUGAGCAAAGUACCAUGAAAAUGAGGUAGUGUGUUAGAACGGCAUGUCCAUUUUAUCACAAGUGCUACCACUGACCUGCCCCUGACGGUGUGGUGCUAGCUUAGGACUGUAAAUUGGUUAAUUGUCAACUCAUCCGCAAAUUCAUGUAACUACGCAAUGGAACAUAAAGUCCGCCAUGAUGGUCAGCAAGUCCGCAAGAAAGCUGGACGGGGGCUACACAACCUUGCACAACGUAUUCACUAGCCUUGAGCUGAAUGUAAAAUAAAGUUAUGCGCUGUGUGUACACUGUGAUUAAAUUAAUGAAUGUUAUUGACUGAACAGAAUUAAUGCAGUAUAUUCUGCAUUUUUAUAUAUAUAUAUAUAUAUAUAUAUAUUAUAUGCAUAAAAAAUCAUUAUACUGCAGAAAUAUGACUUAUAUGUCGAUGCCAAUA